AUGAACAUAUUUUACACUCUAGAACAUAUAGUCAUCUGCGCCUAUCUGGUUCGGAAGUAUGCUAAGGAUGAUGCCCUGUACCCCAAGGACUUCUAUAAGCGCGCCGUCGUGGAUCAACGUGUGCACUUCGAGUCGGCUGUGCUUUUCCAAAACUGCAUUAGGAAUAUAGCACUUCCACUGUUCUACAGCAAUGAGACGGAAGUUCCGAGAUCCAAGAUCGACGCUAUAUACGAAGCCUACGACUUUUUGGAGGCCUUUAUUGGCGCCGAGUUGUACCUGUGCGGAGCCAGCGUAACCAUAGCCGAUUUUAGUGUGAUAUCGUCGGUCUCCAGUUUGGUGGGCCUGGCGCCCAUUGAGCCGAAGCGCUAUCCUGGACUCAGCGCUUGGUUGGCCCGAAUGGCCGGACGACCCAAUUACCAGUCGAUCAACGGCAACGGCGCACAGAUGUUGAUUGACAUGUUUAAUGCGAAAAUCACAAAGAUAGUGUGAUUUUUGCAGGCGAAA